AUGAUCUCGGCAGUGUCAACACUCGUGUCCUUUGUCUUCGUGGGGGCUCUCUGGGGAUGCACGAAUCCGUUUAUCAAAUUAGGAAGCAAUGACGACGUCAUGUACACUCGAAAGGACAACAGUAUCGGGGAAUAUGUUAAUCAACUUGUUGGACUGGUGAAGAACUGGCAGUUUGUACUGCCAUUUAUAAUGAAUCAGAGUGGAUCGGUGGCCUAUGUUUACCUCCUCAGUUCAACAGAUAUUUCGAAUGCUGUACCGAUUUGCAACUCCCUGACGUUCGUCUUUACAGCUAUAACGAGUCGUCUGCUUGGAGAAAAGCUCCAACGCCCUGCUUGCGACAACGAAGAGGAUGACGACAUGAACGACACCAUCGACGUUACGCCCGACCAACAGCCAAAAAGCGUCACGACCGAUCCCCGUGUGGACAAACUCUGGGGUGAUAUGAAUGCAUCCACUACCGUAUCCAAGACAGCAGUGGACAGGACAGCAAAGCUACUGGGCGGUUUGACCGCGAAGACAAAACAUUCAAGUCGAAGAAUGAAGAAGGGCAACAACAAACGCAAAGCACACGACUUCAUUAUGCCAAUACUAAGUGUUGAUGUUGAGAGGUCAAGAAAAGAUAUGGACGAGGUUGCAACGUCGAAACUCAAGGUGGAUCGAGUCAUCAAGUUUGCUGGAAAGAAGUACAGUGUUGCUGCGACUGCUACGAGACCUGCGAAGAAGAAGAAAGGCUUGGAUAAAGUACUGGAUGCUCUGGUUGAGCCGAAAAAGGUGUCGACGAUUGAAAAGUCGUCGCUUGACUGGGACAAGUUCAAGGAGAAAGAAGGCAUUGAAGAGGAACUCACGCAGUACACGAAGGACGGAUACAUCGAGAAGCAGCAGUUUUUGCAACGGCUUGAUCUCAAGCGCUUCGAAAUCGAAAAAGCUGAGCGUGACAAGCAACGCAAACUCCAGCAACAACAACCGUAA